UCUUCACUGUGUUCUGAGAUUUAAAUCCAACAAAUAUUCCACUCGAGUCUUUUACUUAAAUUGACCCAUCUUUGCUUCCGUUGGUUUUAUUUUGAAGGCCUGCAGUGACAUCCGCUCCUUAUGUAAACAGUAAAGAUGGCGGCCUCCGGCGUGCGACGCGCCGUCCUCAGCCACACUCUGAGCAGGUUAUUGUGUUCAGGAGGACACGUCACUGUACGGGGACGGUACACCUGCGUCCCAAACACCGGAGACAGAACAACCAGCAGCGCUGUGAAGGGGAAGCGCUCGGCAUGCUGGGUAAAAGUUAGCGAACAUGACCCCAUCGGGAGAAACUUCCUUAACUCCCUGGGAGGAGCAGGAGCAGGAGGAGGUGAAAGAGGAGCAGGAGGAGCAGGAGGAGGAGGUGAAGGAGGUGCAGGAGGAGGAGGAGGAGGAGGAGCAUCAAGAGGAGCAGCCAGAAGAUGUCUGAUGGCGGUCAUCGCUUUCUCUCUGUUCAGCAGUGCUGAUGAAGACCGACGAGAUGAAGCUCAGAGGAAAGAGGACGAGAUGAUUUUGUUAUUGAAGAAGGCUAAGCUCAGUGUGUCACGGGGUCAGCUGGAGGCCGCCUCGGGCCUCCUCCACCAGGCCGUCGCCGUGGCUCAUCAGACUCACAACCACCAGGCCGUGAUCUACGCCUACAGUCUGAUGGCGAACCUGGCGUACGUCCAGGGUCAGCUGGACCACGCAGAGAAACUCUUCAAAGCAGCAAUGAGCUUCAUGUUGUCAGGAGGGAUGCCUCAGGACGACAACGCUGUCAUUGAGAUGUCUCUGAAACUCGCCACCAUCUACGCUGAACAGAACAAGGCGGAGCUUGCGGAGAUUGGAUUUGCGUUCUGUACGGAGUCUCUGGAGGCCAAACUGCAAAAACAUAAGGAAACCGCUGUAGAGGAUCUCACAGAGGAGCAGGAGGCUCUGAGGAAGGAGACCCGUCUUCUGCUCGGUCUGUGUUUCGACUCUCGGGCUCGAUACCGAGCGUCAACACUGCAUCUGAAACAGGCGGGACAAGACUACCAGAAAGCUCUGGACAUCUGCCUGCAGGAGCAGGGACACACCCACCCACAGACUCUGGUGCUGAUGAGCGACCUGGCCACCAUCCUGGACCUGCAGGGUCGCCAUGACAACGCGCUUGAGCUGGUCCAGCGCGCAGUGGAUCUCAGCCGCUCAACCGGGCACCCCGACCAACAUGUGCUCCUGGGAAACAUGGCCGGCAUCCUGCUGCACAAAGGCCGGCUGGAGGACUCGGUGAGGUUCUACCUGCAGGCUCUGGGUCUUGCUCGGCAGGCCGGAGACCAGGAGGCUGUGGAGAAAAUCCAGGAGGGGCUGCAGGAGGUGAAGAAGAGGAGCCAGGAGGGCAAGGAGGAUGAGACAAAGGCUACAGAGCAGUGAUUGGUUCCCAGUGUGUCAGUGGACUGAAUGGGUUCUCCGGAGGUGGAGGAGAGAUAAUGAUCCCUCAGACAGUGUGAUGGUCCACAGCAACAAACUGGACCUCCAGACUGGACAUGGAUGUUUCCAGGAUCCUGGUGACCCCUGUGACCUUUUAUUCAGUCGUUGACUUCAUUGACUCGUUCAUGCUCUGCAGAGGAAGAACCCUCUCUGUGUAUUUUGUGUUUCAAUGUAAAAGUGUAAUAAAUGUGUUGUGACAGCUG